AUGGCGCCUUUAACUCGAUCGGCUGCUGGGGCAUUUACACCGGUUGCCCCGAGGCAAACUGAAGUGAUCAGUAUUGACGAUGAUUCGCAACAAUCUUACGAUGAGGAUGAAGAAUUGGAAGACAAGGAACUGAAUUCGGAAGAUCAAUCUGAAGACCAGUCUGAAGAUCAAGAUGAGGACAUGGACGAAGAUAUGGAUGGCGACACCGUAUCGGAGACCGGGUCCGAUGUUUCUGAUCCUGAGCCUUCUAUGCAGUCUGCCUUUGGCAUUUCGGUCAAGUCUGAAGAUGCCCCGCUGUUCACCGCUGCAGGCGCCCAGGAAGCACUACACCCCCUUCGCCGGACGGCUGACCGCGUCACUCGCCAGAUCGAAGCAUUUGCCGAUAAGCUAGAUCAGUUCAAGCGCGACAAUUCUACCGACGAGUUCAACAGUGCGCAGGCAGCUUACAAGCUCGUGCAGAGCUACCGCGACAUUGCGAACAAUGCGAUCAAGGAAAUCGAGACCCAACAGACCGUGGACCGGACAAAGACAGGCUUCCGGUCGAGCGGGUCGCAAGACACCAAGAAUUAUGAGGAGAUACGACGAUUGCAACUCGAGGCCGACACUUGGCGCCUCCUACUCAACUUGAUCAGCAUUGAUGACCCCUCCAGCCGGGCCAGUUACAAGGUCGGACGACAGACAGCUUUCCAGAACCUUCACCGCUAUUCAAGCGAUCGCGAGAUCUGGGAAGAGUUCCUCAAUGCCGACCACUAUGGUCUUGAAUGUGUGGUUGCUAUGCGAUGGUUGGAGGAGACCUCCAAGACAGGAAACCAAGAUUUCGACACUCUGAUCUUGGAAAUGGAGCAAUACUCGCGAAGAGGCCAAGGAUCGUGGACAUCCGGUUGGCUUUAUACCAAAGAGUCGAUCAAGGGCCACAAACGUUUGCGCGCCUGGCCACAGCCUCUCGACCCCAAUGACCCGGGAAUCUCGCGCUCGCUUUUGAGCAAAGGCGAACAGAAACCGCUAGUCACUCAACUCGACCCUGAUGCCAUCACCCGUCAGAAGCACAGUCUAGAAAAGGAGGACAAAUUCUUCGAGCGUGCCACCUGGAUAACUUGCUGGAAGAUGCUCAGACAGGGCGAGAACUGGACUAAGAUUCGUGAAUGGGCAGAGACUCGUCUGGAAGGAUGGAGGGCCGUCAGCUUGUGCGGCUCUAGUGUGGAUCCCAAGACAGGAAGUUCUCGAUACCCAUCUGACGAUGGCCACACACGUUUGAUGAACAGCCGAUCCCAGGAUUCAUGGCGCACCGCCUGCUCUGCGCUAACACGCGACCCAAAUACUGAUGAAUUCCAGCGAGCGGUCUACGCUUUACUUUCUGGCGAAACCGAUGCUGCGGCCAGUGUCUGCCGCAGCUGGGACGACUUCCUUUACGUCUACUUCAACCGCGUCGUACUCUCGCGCUAUCAAGGAUUUUGCAAGCAAUUCCACCGGAAAUUGAGCCACUUCCCCAACACCCCUGUGGCAUUCAACCCGGAGCCGGCUGGUCACGCAGAACUUCAAAAGUUCCUUGUCUAUCUCAGGGGUAACGACCGGGUCAGCGGCGAAGCACGUAAUCCGUUCCGCAACAUCCAGGCCGCGAUUCUCAGUAAAGGCUACGACACAUUCUUCACUUCUUUGGCGCACGCUGUAUCUCAAGUUAGCGCCGAUAAAUAUGGGAACAGCUCUGUUAUCCCAGAGAUUGCGCGCAAGCCAGUAGAUGAAUCUUUCCUCAUAGCUGCCGAUGACGAAGAAGCUCUCAGGAUUGCAUCUCAUGUUUACGUUGUGGCCAGUGCGAGGGGGUACGCCCGCGUGGAUGCCCAUUUCGUCGAAACAGCAUCGGUCAUCGUGGCUGGACAUGUUGCCAACCUGGAAGAAAGAGGUCUAUUCCACCUUGUCCCUCUUUACGUGUCUCUCCUCCCCGCGCCAAUGGGACACGAAGUUCUAUCCAAGAUUCUCAUUGAAAUUGUUGACCCACAAGAAAAGAUACAGCAAGUCCGGCUCGCGCGCAAACAUCACAUUGACAUGGAAACUGUUCUUGAUGUUCAAUGGGCGUGGGCGAAGGAACAUGUCUCUGCGAUCGAACAUUCUAGAGGAGUCACUGGUUAUUCGAGAGUGCUGCGACGACCUGACGGUUCCCGGGCAUUGGUGUCACCCAAGACCGACUUGAUUGGGACCUCCGUCGCUCCUGAAGACGACAGGAUGAUUCGAAGUCUGGAGUGGCUUCGCUACAUCGAUGGCCAGUGGGAUAAGAUUUGCGAUCUUGGAUCCUGGCUGUACCGCAAGUUCUUCCUUGCUGAUAAGCUUGCCGCUGCUCGCGAGGUGAGUUUCCGUAUUCGGUUGGCUGAUAUCUCAAUUGAAAAAUUCGGAUCCGAUAUCAUUUCUAUGCCUCCGCAAGAGGGAGCACAAACCGAGUCAACCACACCAAGUAGCCCCACCAAAUCGAAGAGAAACAGCCUCCACCGACGAAGUCUUUCUGGCUCCAACAAUAUUGCACUGGUUUCGGCAUACUACAAAGCUCAUAGGGUUCUAGAUCUGGAGAGUUUGGCUCUCGGGUUUGAUGCUGUGGAGCAAUUUGCAUUGGUGCACGAGCAGAUGUCCAAGACCAAACGUCGACGUGACUCGGGCACCUUGAAGGGCAUGGGUCAAGACAUGAACGAAUGCGUGACUAUUCUAGAAGACUGGGUUGGCGCAGUGGUCGCUGAAGACUGGCUACCCACAUCUACCGAUGCCGAGGAAGAACAAGACUUCGAACACAUUCGGACAACCUACAUUCCGGAGUUACUUCUCGAUUGGCACAACGCUUUGUACUACGCCAGUCACACCCUCGAGCGCCACGACCUGUUGACAUCCUGCAUGAUUGUGUCUAUCUGGGCUGCAAACUACGAGCACAUCACUCGCGCCUUUACAAAGUCACGACGCAUGGCCGAGCUUGUCGAUGUGCUCGCUUUGUCCAGCAAGGCCUUGGUCAUCCGGGACUCCAGCCAGCGCAAGUCCCCAAUGGACCACACCACCUUCGAAAAGGGCCAGGAAUUGAAGAUCUGGGAUGUCACGAUCUCCGAAGAAGAAAAGAAGAGGCUCGGGGUCGUAUCGUCCGCAGAUCGGGAGCAGUAA